UUUAUACAUUGCUUGCAAAAAUAAAAAAUAUAUUAAUAAAACAAUAUCUUAAUUAAUGUCAAUAACUCUGGACGUGAAUGCAUUUUUAAAUAGAGAUGUUUGUACGCAAUCAGUCUGUAAUGAUGAUGGAACUGGUGGCAGCGGACCAAGUAACAUCAUUGCCACAGAAAGUCAUGAAAAUGACAUAUUGUCGAUGGAAAAGGAAAUGGAAACGACAAAUAUUUUUGAGGAAAUCGAACAUUUGCUAAAAUUCAAUAAGAAUCUUGAAUUUCCCAACGAACCAAACAAGCAGGAAGAGAAAAAAACUAAAAGUAAAAAAGUGGAGCUCCCAAAACCGGCAGAAUCAUUUAACUUGGAUUUUCUGCCACAUACCGAAGAGUUUUUGUUAGCAUCUGAGACACAAAGUCUAUUGGGUGAGGAUCCUUUGCUGUUCUCUGUGGAACAUGAUCGUCUUCAACCUUUGAGUUCGAAAUUUAUGGUACCCGGAAUAUAUAAACGCAUAGAUGGCAUUGAUGUACACGAUCGCAAUCGUAGACACCAACAUAAGUUAAACGUUUUUAUAACCAGCCUAGAGAAAGCUGGACGUAUUUUGAGGGAACAAGAAUUUGAACGUUUAUAUGAGUUGGGUGAAAUCCAACAACAUAAUCCAUUACGAAAGCAGAUUGUGGCGGAAACUCCAAAUGAAAAUAUAGCAACUAAUGAUAUUAAGGAGGAAUUGCCAAAUACUAAUUGUGUAGAAGAGAAAGAGACUAAAGCCGGAGAUAAUGUGCCAAAAGAAUUGGAUAAUCUUUAUCGUUUGGCUUGUGAUAUUUUAAAGCUUGCAAAACGCGAUGACAUUGUCAUUGAUCGCAAUAACAAUGAAGUUAUUCGGACUCAUCAUCGAACAAAUCAAAAAACUAUCUAUCGUUUUUGCCAACCAGAUAUGCUGGAUUUGAAAUCUUCUGAGGGGAAUUCUGAAGAUUGCAACACAAUGGAGGAAGUUCCUAAAGAAAAGAAGAUGGCCAGAGUUGGCAGACCCAGAAAAAGGCUGAAAGAAGACGACGAGUCUUUGAGCAAUUCCAAAAAACCUGUAAUAAAAGAACCUGCAAUUAAACAAACGUUAAAUCAACAAAAACCUCCAAAUACCAAUAUGCCUCAAACAAAAACUCGCAGCGGACGUUUGGUGCGAAUACCAUCAUCUAGUCUGGGAAGUUUCUCGGAAACUUCUUCGAAAACAUCAAAUGAGGAGUCUUUGCCAAAUUUGUUAAAUGAUUUAAGAGAUGUUUCAUAUCACAAUAGUAAAGUAGAUGCAAACCUGCAUAGAUCUCAAAGUACAACUCUCUCCACUGCCACUGAGUCGGAUACAACAACCAUCGAUGACAAUCCUCCUUUAACACCAUCACCACCACCUAAACGUAAAGUUGCUCCCGAAGCAAUAUGUCCAACUUGCCAAAAAAUAUUUUUGGGUAAACGACUGCAAAGACAUUUUGCUCAACAUCCUGAUCACAUUAAAGUGCCAACAGCAGUAACACCGUCGUCUGACAAUCAUCAAACAUCUUUUAACAAUCACGAUACAGCUGUGACUUUGACAUCUAGCAAAGCUCCAGAAGCAGAAGAUGUAUCCCUAUUCCGGUUUCUCGUCACUAAACUACAAAGGUCUCCACAACUUAAUGAAGAUCAAAAGGCUGAUCUCUUUCUUGCCGAACUAAAUGACCUGGUGGAACAAUUACAAUUAAGAAGCUCUAGAUUAAUACGCAACACAUCCGGUUUACAUUUUGUAAAUCAGAAAUGUUCGAAACUUUUGGGCAUACCCGAAGGACAAUAUGCCUUAGAUAUGACUGCCAUAGAGUCACCCAUGGAACCUGAACCGCAAGACAAUAAUAAUUCUCAAAAUCUCACAACAUCGGUGUCGGCAAAUUUGAAUAGCCGUAGUUUAGAUUACACAAAUCUUUCGAUUACCCUUGACAAUACCAUAACCGAUGAAGCAGCUCAAAAAUUAAAUCUUUCAGCUGGUGGAAAACUAUUGCCACCAUCUGAAGAAAGUUUGCUAAGAGCAGUGGAUGAUUUGCUGCAAACGGAUAUUGGUAAAAUUCAAACAACUGCAGUAUGUGCCAGUGAUACGUCUCUUGUAUCUUCAAAUACCAAUACCACUUCAGUGGUAGCCAAUCUUUUGCCACCACACAUUGAUCAUGUCAGUGAUAAUGCCGUUGAAGCUGUACACAUGAAAGAGACAUUGCCCAGUGUGGUUGUCAGUGCAUCGGAGAAUCCAUUGUUGGAUUUAUCCGUGGACUUUUUUCAAUUUAAUAAUUAAGCAGAGAAAAUGUAUGACAUUAUUAAGGAUAUUCUACAGACACACACACAUUGCAUUCAUCAAAAAACAAGUAUUUUCUGAAAAUAAAAAGAGAAAAAUAAAAAAUUG